UCUUGAUGCAUUCGCGUAGCCUUGUAUCGGUCCUUAACCAGCGAGAAGGUGCGCAGAUUCACACAACGUCGGGCACGCCCAACUCCGGCUGUUCCAAGAAAAGAGCUCUUUUGUUCGCCUUGCGCCCAGGAAACCAACAGCUGCGGAGUCGUCGCCGCCGCCGCCGCCGUUUCUUUUCUUCUCCAGCCCUUCCCGACUUUCCUUCACAAGGCGCGAGGAGGAAGAAAAACCCACAACAGUGAAAAUCUAUUCUGGCAAUAAGUGUUUUAGCUGUGCCGACAUCUAAAUAAAAUAAGAAUGGAGAUUAUACAAAAGAACUUCACUGCUAUAUUGUUUCUUGGAAAGUUGUAAUCUGGACUUCUUAUGACUCACAACUUUUCAGAGAACAGAUUCAAGUGCCACCAGAAAAAAAUAUCAUAUUUACAGUGUCAGUAGGGAUUGGUCUUUCUUCUAUGCCAGCUAUGAGCUCAUCUGAAGAAAAAACUGAACCUGCCACCAUGGAAGAUCUUCAGCAUUUACAUUGUGUCAACUGUAUUAGUCGGCGUUGUAUGACCAGAUCAGAAGCUGGGAUCUCCUGUGACUUAAUUGGCUGCCCUAUGGUUUGUGGAGCAGUAUUUCAUUUAUGUAAAGCUGAAGAGCAUCGCCUUUUAUGUCCACUUGAACGAGUGCCUUGUCUCAACAGUGGCUUUGGCUGCCCAUUUACCGUAACCCGAAAUAAAAUUGCUGAACAUCUAGAAACCUGUCCUGCAAGUGUUGUAUGCUGCACCAUGGAAUGGAAUAGAUGGCCAGUCAGUUAUGCGGAUCGAAAAUCUUAUGAGAAUCUAAGUAAAGAUGUUGAUGAAAUUGAACAGUUGGAUAUGGCUCUUGCCCUUCAAGAUCAACGGAUGCUUCUUGAAUCUCUCAAAGUUGCAACUAUGACAUCAAAAACUCCUGACCCCAUAUUAAAAUCCAGAGAACAAUCUUCGGUUGCAAGUGCCCCAGAUGCUACAGUUGCAAAUGGGUUAUUGCCUGUUGAUGAGGAAUCAUUUGGUGCACUUUAUCAAGCCACUGUGGAAACAACCAAAAGUUUAGCUACAGCUCUAGAUAUUCUAAAUACUGCUACCAGCUUGUUGAGUUCAAAACUCAGUAUUUUACCAUGUAAAAGAAACACAGAUUGCUGUGUAAAAGAACACAGCAGCAUGCAAGCCAUGAUAGAACACGAUUCUGUAGAGGAAAAUAGCAUGGGAGCUGUUGGUGGUAUUAAGUUGGAUAUUUUGAAUCAAAAUGGACAAUUAGAACAAAACGGGUCAAGUGACAUUUGUUACGAUACUACAAAACACUAUAAACUGAAUAUGAGCCUUGAUAAUAUCCCUUUAUGUAAUGGCUUUCAUCUAGAUGAUUCAAGCACAGAGAAACUGCCACAGAAUGAAGAACUAAAUAUAUGUAAUUCCAGCCAGUUUAAUGUAGCAAAUAGUAUUCACAAUGCAUCUCCCUGUGAUAACACAGUGAAUGUUUGUAACUCAGUUCCUGUAGCACAAGUUAAAUAUGAAAUACCUCUGCACAGCUUGUCUAAUGGCACCACUGACCACAUAUAUAUGUCACACGACUGUAACGAUGAACGACUACAGAGAGAAAUAGAACAAGAAAAACUCAGAAAUAAUGUAUUUUCUUUUAUUCCUCACCAUACCUACAAUUACUUGGCAAAUUACUGCUUAUCUGCAUCAAAGGAAGACAAAGCAGUAGAUACAUCCGAUUUGGAAAUAACAGAGGAUCCUAUGGACCUUCAGGGAAUAGACUUAAUCACAGCAGCAUUGCUAUUUUGUCUUGGAGAUUCUCCUGGUGGCAGGGGAAUAUCAGAUUGUCGUAUUAUUGAUGGAUACCAUGUUGAUUUUGGGACUCAGACAUUUUCUCUCCCUUCUGCAAUUCUGGCCACAAAUACAAUGGUAGGGGAAAUUGCUUCAGCAUCUGCGUGUGAUCAUGCAAAUCCACAGCUCUCAAAUCCAAGCCCUUUUCAGACUCUUGGGCUAGACCUGGUACUAGAAUGUGUGACUAGAUACCAAACAAAGCGUUCAAUGUUUACAUUUGUCUGUGGACAACUGUUUAGACGAAAUGAAUUUUCUUCACAUUUUAAGAAUGUACACGGUGAUAUUCAUGCUGGCCUAAAUGGCUGGAUGGAGCAGCGAUGUCCUUUGGCAUAUUAUGGAUGUACAUAUUCUCAACGCAGGUUUUGUCCUUCAACACAAGGCGCAAAAAUUAUUCAUGAUCGGCAUCUUCGGUCCUUUGGGGUUCAGCCUGCUAUAUCGACUGUGUUGUCAGAGCCUGAUAAGAGAUGCUGCUUAGGGCUGCAUAGUGACAAUCUGAGUAAUCUUCCUUUUGAGGUCCUACAACACAUUGCAGGUUUUCUAGAUGGUUUCAGUUUAUGCCAGCUGUCACAAGUGUCAAGAUUAAUGAGGGAUGUGUGUGGAAGCUUACUUCAGGCACGUGGAAUGGUCAUCCUGUUGUGGGAAAAGAGGAUAUAUCCAGAUGGAAGUUUUUCAUGGCAAAUAAAAGAAAAGGUAUGGCGAUUCAGCACAGCUUUUUGUACUGUAAAUGAAUGGAAAUUUGCAGACAUUGUAAGCAUGGCUGAUCAUUUGAAGAAAUGCAGUUACAAUGCUGUAGAGAAACGGGAGGAAGCUGUUCCACUGCCGUGUAUGUGUGUCACAAGAGAACUAACAAAAGAAGGACGGUCGUUGCGCUCAGUCUUGAAGCCUGUACUUUAAAGAUGAAGAAUACUAUUUGCACACUCAAGCACCUGAAAUAACCUCCGGAUGAUAAUUUGUGACACUUUAUUAAUUUACUAAAUAUGAUUUCUGGAUAAAUUUGUCAUAAUGUACAUAAUGUUUUGAAGUGGCAUUUAUUUUUUUAUAACAUGGUCUGGUUAGAAUCAACAAAAAUUGCCUUAAAAAUGGAACUUGCUGGUCAGGGGAGUUCUGUAUGACUUUUUAUCAUUUGUAGGUUUUCUUUCUUUUGGCGUUUCCCUGACUAAUUUAUCCAUUUCUUUUUAUUGACUUCAAGAGACAUGCUCAUCCAAACAAGAAGUCUUUGUAUAAUUUUGUCUCUUUGCAAAUUUGAAUGUAACAUUGAAUGCUAGUCGAAAUUUAGCAGCAUAUGUUUUGAUUCUUUUCAUUCUAUGGAUUGCUGUGUUCAUAUAAGCUGAUACAGUGUUAUUUAAUGUCAUUUCUUGUUAAGAUUGCAAAGUGUGAUUUUAGUGUUAAAUGCAAAUGAAUAGGAGCAUAAUCCACAAGUAUUUGGAAUUAGCAUCAAAACUUCUAAUUUAAUGCAGCAAAAUCCUAUCGAAUCCUGAGAGAGAACUUUUUUUCCUAAUAGUACCUUCUCUUGAAAUUCAACACAAAUUGCUACUAUUAGCAGUUCAAUGGAACAAAAUUCUAUUUUAUUUCAGGCUCUAAAUACCUAGGCUAGAAUUUUGGAUCAGUAUACUUUCUUCCCUUUUUCAUUGUUUGUUAUUAAUAAAAGGUAAUCUUGAAAAAAUUGUAUUGUUUGCUGUAGUUAGCUAUACAGGAUUCAUAAUACUUAGAUUAAUACAUUUAAGUUUUAUGGUGUUAAGAUACAUUCUGUAAUGUUAACAAGUCUGGAUGUACCAUGUGGUUUCAAGGCUACUUUAUAGAGUGUUUAGGACUCAUUCUCAGUACACUAAAUUCCAUUGGAAUUUCUGUCCUAGCAAAUGUGGUUAGGAUAGUGCUCUUGAUAUGCCAUCUUUAUAAGAUGAGAACUAAUUCAUUGGAUAAGAAGUGUAUUUUAAAUGUUUAUUUCAUAACUUCAUAUUUUCCAUAGUCUUCCAUAAUGAAGAAAUUUUGGUGAUUGUUUUCUCUACUUACAAAAUGCCUUUGUUAAUAUUAUUCAAAAGCUUUAAUACCUAUACAACUAGUUUAUUGAGCUUGGUGCCACAAAUUUUAAAAAACCAAGUUUAUUUAAAAAUAAUAUGUUUCAGUUUUAAAGAAGAAAGUAUUGGAAAGUUAACUAUAUAUUGGUAAUAUGUAAUUAAAUCAUUUAAAUAUACUUGAUUUAAGACUAUGGAUUUAAGACUGUUGACAUAUAAAUUUAAUCUGGAAAGCAAUUGUCUUAUCAUUAAGCAGUUAUAUUUAAAAAAAGCUAAGCUUCAUUCUCUAGUGCCAUAUAGCUAGAUCAUUAAGGAAUAUAUUUUAUAUAGCCAUUUUCUAUAAUGCCUGGAUCUUGGGAUCAGUUAAUUAUUUUCACAAUGUUGCCUUUCUCUUUGAAGAACAUAGGAGAAAAAGUUUCCUGCAAUUAGUAGAAUCUUCAGCUGCAAAAACACUUCUAAUUUUAGCAGUUUAAAAAGAAUGAAAGGUACAUCAUCAUCAUAAUAGUUUUGAUAACCUAUUGGAUUUUUUGACUGAGGUUAUGCCUCCGGCCAGGAAACUUGACCCUGAUAUAUACAGAGAUUUCAUUUGUAAUCUCUGGGUAUGUAUGCCUGUCUUCAGAAAAAGUACUAUUAGCCUAAAACAACCAAGAAUAUUCAUUCCACAGGUGUUGGAAGCUGUUUAUGCAUAUAUUGUUAUUCAUCAAAUAUUUUACCAAUACAUAAACCAUUCUACCUUUUCCUCAAGAACAGAUGGGCAAAAUACCGUAUACCUCAGCCCUUAUGUGAGGAGUAUGCUGUAAUUGUAAAGGCUUCAUGCAGUAUUCAAGAAAUCUCUUGGCUUCUAAAGAAGUGUGGAUUAAUCUAUAAUGAAUGCUUGGUUUAUUUUUUUCACAUUAAGCAUUUUGAACAGUUCAUUCUUAAUAUUACUUGCAUUUCUGCCUUCAAAUUCUAAUACUGUUUCUUGUUUUAUUCCUGAGUUAUUAAACAUUAUUGCUGUAAAGAGUAUUUUAAAAUAUUCUUGCAAACAGGAAUACAAUGAAAGGAUAUCAGUAUUUUAUACUGCUGUGCAGUUUUCCAAAGUAAUAGUUUGUCAGUACUUAAUUUCCUCUACAAUAGUAUUCUUUCCAUAUUAAACUUACACUGAAACCUCUCCGUUUAUUCCAUUUGAAUUGCCUUUAAAACUUCACAUAUACAGCUGUUUUUCUUACUGGCAGUCCAUUAUAUUGUUUUAAUGUUCACUUAAUGCUGUUUUUUGCAAUGUUUAGUAUAACUAAUAAAAACACUUGACAUUUC